CAGCUCGCCUGCGCUCACCGGACCUUCACCAGCACCUCGCUCCGCAUGGGUAACCAAGCUUCUGUUCCUAAGCCCGGCACCAAGUUUCAAGUUAUCGGGGCUGGGUUGUCACGCACUGGGACAGCAUCGUUCAGCGAGGCUCUUCAUAUUCUUCUUGACGGCCCGGUCUACCAUGGAGGCACGCAAACCACCAUGGGCCACCCAGUGGAGAUCCGCUCCUGGAUCAAGCUCCUGUCUCAUUGGCCUCCCUCCAACGAAGCUGACAAAAAAUUGGUUUUCCAAAUCCUUAGAGAACGGUUCAACGGCUACGCGGCAGCUACUGACGCGCCAACGUCCGGACUUGUGAAAGAGUUGAUUGAACUUUAUCCAAACGCAAAGGUUAUCUGCACCGUACGUGACCCGGAUGCAUGGGUGAAGAGUAUGGAAGGUGUAUCAAACGCUGCGACGAUGUGGUUUCUUCGGGUCGUGCUCUUUCCUCUGCCAGGCAUGCGGCAUUUUGUUGAUUAUAUCAAUGCUCUCCGGGAGCAAUGGCUAUACCUGUAUGGAGAGCGGGAGCCAGUUACAAGGCAGACCUACAACCAACACAUUGAGUGGUUGAAGGAGACUGUUCCAGAAGGUAGGUUGGUGUUCUUUAGUGUCAAGGAUGGGUGGGGGCCGCUGUGUAAGGCUCUCGGGAAAGAAGUGCCACACAUUCCUUUCCCCAACAUCAACGACGGGGAAGCCAUCGAGAGAUUCGCUAGGCUGAUGGUCAAGCGUGGGUUGGUGAGGUGGUUGGCGAUUUUUUCUACACUAGGAAUAGCCAUUAUCUCUUACUUCUAUAUGUAACUAGAGCAGUUGCUUCGUGAUCAAUGCUGAAACCCGAG